CGUAAUAAGAUGACAGUGUCGCUACCUGACGUUAGCAGCUUCACUUCCUGUUCUGUCGAAGCCAGCUGUUGUCGGCGUGUGAUAUGCGUCAGCGGUAUCUGAGCUGUGGUUUGUCUGUGGUUUCACAUCUUUUCAGGCGCCACAAUGGAGUUUGCAGAGCUGAUUAAAACUCCUCGAGUUGACGGAGUGGUUUUGCACCGACCGUUCAUGGGAACUGUGGAGGGAACGUUGUGUUUGACCGGGCACCACCUCAUCCUCUCCUCUAGACAGGACAGCACCGAGGAGCUGUGGCUGCUACACUCCAACAUCGAUUCAAUAGAGAAGAGAUUUGUGGGCUCCGUGGGAAGCAUCAUCGUAAAAUGUAAAGACCUCCGAGUGAUCCAGCUGGAUAUCCCUGGAAUGGAGGAGUGUCUCAACGUCGCCAGCUCCAUUGAGGCUCUAUCCACACUCGACUCCAUCUCUCUGAUGUACCCCUUCUUCCACCGGCCCAUGUUUGAAGUCAAAGAAGACGGGUGGAAUUCUUUUCGUCCACAGGAUGCUUUUAAAGACUUGGAAACCAUGACAGAUGAAUGGAGGUUGAGUGAGGUCAACAAAGACUUCAGAGUGUGUCCGUCAUAUCCUCGUUUGGUGGCGGUACCCAAAGGUAUCGACGAUGACACCCUGAAGAAGGUGGCCACCUUCCGUCAUGGUGGUCGCUUCCCGGUACUGAGCUACUACCACAAGAAGAACGGCAUGGUGAUGAUGCGGGCGGGUCAGCCGCUCACCGGCACCAACGGCCGGCGCUGCAAGGAAGAUGAGAAGCUGAUCAAUGCAACACUGAGGCCGGGAAAACGUGGCUAUAUCAUUGACACACGCACCAUCAAUGUGGCGCAGCAAGCCAAAGCCAGAGGUGGAGGGUUUGAAUCCGAGGCUAACUAUCCGCAGUGGAGGAGGAUCCACAAGGCCAUUGAGAGAUCCAACGUGUUGCAGGACAGCCUCAUCAAGUUGGUGGAGGCCUGCAACGAUUCGUCCCACAACAUGGACCGCUGGCUAAGUAAGCUGGAGGCCUCAAACUGGCAGACUCACGUGAAGGAGAUCCUGACCACCGCAUGUCUGGCUGCCCAGUGCAUCGACAGGGAGGGGGCGUCGGUGCUGGUUCACGGCACUGAAGGGACCGACUCCACCCUGCAGGUCACCUCCCUAGCUCAGAUCAUCCUGGAUCCAUCCUGUAGGACCAUCAAGGGCUUCCAGGCUCUGGUGGAACGGGAGUGGCUGCAGGCGGGUCAUCCUUUCCAGCAGCGCUGUGCUCAGUCGGCCUUCUCCAACAUGAAGCUCCGUCAGGAGGCGCCAGUCUUCCUGCUGUUCCUUGACUGCGUUUGGCAGAUUCACCGUCAGUUCCCCUGUUCCUUUCAGUUCACUGAGAGCUUCCUCGUGUUGCUCUUCGAGCAUGCCUAUGCAUCACAGUUCGGUACCUUCCUGGGCAGCAGUGCGGCCGAGAGAGCCAGACUGUCCGUGCCUGAGAAGACGGUGUCUCUCUGGUCGUGGGUGAAUCUGCCUCAGGAGCUGGAGCGCCUGAGCAACCCGCUGUAUGAGGCCAACGGCCUUGUCAUCUGGCCCUCCGUGGCCCCGCAAAGUCUGCUGCUGUGGGAAGGAGUCUUCCUCCGAUGGAACCGCUCGUCCAAAUGCCUGGACGAGGCCUACGACGAGAUGGUGCACAUCAUCCAGUACAACAAGGAGCUUCAGAACCGAGUCAACAGCCUGCGCCGACAGCUGGCCCAGCUGGAGACUGAGGACCCUCUGCUGCAGAGCCCAUAGUGCAUUUACAUGCCGGAAAUGACGUUCCAGGUUUAAAUCAUUUAUCACUGUUGUACUUUAAGGGUAGCUACUGCAAUUGUCAUGUUUUAAGCUUGUUGCCAACCAGGUACAUCCAGAUCUUAAUUUCCUCCUCCUACUCCACUGGCUGGUUUUAUAACCUGACUGUACAUUGAGGAUGAAUAUCACCUGCAAGUUCAAACAGUCGAAGUCAUGUUUAAACAUCUUAGAAAAAUGAGCCUCGCUGUCAAUGUAGCGAUCGCCUCAAGUGUAUGCACGUAUCCUGCUGUAACUAUGGCAACAUGUAAGUCAGCAUGUGACAUAAUCCGCGUAGGUGGCGGAGGUCAGCGCUUACAUAUAGGAUACAUUCAGCAGGUCAUGUUUAAAAUUCAAUGUACAUUCCACUGAUGUUUAAAGGUGGUGCAUCAGGUCACGGCAUUGCUGCUGCAGUAACUCUGCUCAGAGGAAUAAGGGAAAAAAACACAUGGAUUUUUUUUAUUAUUAUUAUUUUGUAUUCGCUUUAACAUACAGCUUUUCAUCGGAGGCACUUUGUGUAGAAUUUUUGCGCAAAUGUUCUGAAACACUAAUGAUAAUAGCAAGUCUGGUGUCACUCAAACAAAAAAUGUAACUGAUUUUAAAUUCAAUAUGUGAACUAAACAAGUCGCGUCACCACUGGAAAACUCAUGAGCAGCACCACAAACUUUGUUGUUCUGGAUGGGAUGCGCACUUUGUGAUCAUGUAAAAUAUUUAACAUGGUGAUGGAGUUUACUCUUCAUUUAGGAUAUGUCCUAAAUUCCUAUUUGUUUUCUAUCAAGACGUGAGCAUUAACACAGGCAUAAACACACUAUUUUUGUCGUUUUGUUUUUUCUGUCUUUUUUGUUUUUAAAGAAAAUUUAAUAAACAAUCGAUAUUAUUACCUUGUAUGAUCAUUUAAAUUUGGGCACUUCCCAAUAAAACAUGACAAAACAUCUAUUUUCUUUAAAUGAGUUUUUAUUUUAUUUGAUGCCUACUGUACAAUGUCCUUGAUUUCACCCGGGUCCUGGAAUGCUUUGCUUUAGGAGGAGUCUGUCUGACAGCCUCCAAACACACGGACCGUCCAGCACUCUGGUCACGAGUCUCCUUCGACAUCCCCUCUCCGGGAUUUAGAUUUUAACAUCUCACAGAAGGCACGGGUUAUUGUUCAGGAUCCUUCACGACAGUUUUAUUGUUUUCAUUUCUAUUUAGAAAUAAAAUGUUUAACAAAUGUUUACGAUUGAAAUCUCCACGCUGGGAUUGCGAACACUUGACGUUUAACUUCCGGUUGCUGUUGCCUAUAAAUGUACUUACCCUUGAAUGUAAAUAAACUAUU